UCGGCUGGGCGGGAAACCCUGUCGUGCGUCGUGGCAGGUGGGCGGUGAUGAAGAAAGGGCGGAAGCUCCCGCUUGAGGGUAGACGCCACGGCCUCCGCUCCCGCGCGUUGUUGUCCUGCCUUACCGCGCUUGGAAACUCCGUAUGUUGGCGCCUGUGGAAGGCGGGUUGGGCCGGCCAGGAUGUCUUACCGCCCCGUCAGGCCCUUCUUAGCCCACGACUUGCGAGCCCUGGUCAGAGAGGAGCCUGGAGGGGCCACCUAAGCUCUGCACAAGGAAUUCCUCCAACUCUGUAGGCCAGGCACGGUGGCUCACACCUGUAACCCCAGCAAUUUCGGAGGCCGAGGCGGGUGGAUCACCUGAGAUCAGGAGUUCAAGACCAGCGUGGCCAACAUCGUGAAAGCCUGUCUCUACUAAAAAUACAAAAAUUAGCCAGGCAUGGUGACAAAAUAUAAGGAAAAAGAAUAUAGACAAGCAUGGAAAGUGAAGACACAAAGAAAACACAAGAAAUGAAGACUGACCUGAACUUAUUAUUGGAGUGUCUAAAGUAUCAAAUGGACAAUGCUUUUUCACAAAAGGAAGCUUUGGUCACUAUUCAUUCAAUUUGUCAACAAAACAGUAAUGCAAGUGUUUAUUUUCGGGAAAUUGGUGGUUUGAUGUUUGUAAAAAAUCUUGCAAAGUCAAGUGAACAUAGCAUGGUAAAAGAAGCAGCCUUAUAUACAUUAGGAGCUAUUGCAGAGAAAAAUGUUUACUGUCAGCAGACUUUGUGUACUUCAGAGUUGUUUGAAGACUUAACUUGGUUCUUAUCUAAUGAUUCAAACAUAAAUUUGAAAAGAAUGUCUGUUUAUGUUAUUUUGGUUCUGGUUUCAAAUAAUAGGACCGGACAAACACUCGUGAGAGAAACAGGUUGUAUUACAGUUCUGUCACGGUUAUUCAGGACAGUUAUUUCAAAACAUGAGUUGGAUUUGUCAGAUAAAAAUGUUUUCCAGAGUUAUCAGUUGUGGUCUUCAGUGUGUAGUACUCUGUGUGUCUGUGUCAACAAUCCUCAAAAUGAUGAGAAUCAAAUGUUUUGCUGUUCCCUUUUUCCACAUGCUAAUGAAUGGCUAAAAAAUUGCAUGACACCUGAGAUAAUUCGCCCUAUUUGCUCAUUUAUUGGACUCACUCUUGCAAAUAACACAUAUGUUCAGAAAUACUUCGUGUCUGUGGGUGGACUGGAUGUAUUGUCUCAAGUUCUCAUGCAACUGGAAUCUGAUUCACAUGAGACUCUUUCCAGUGCUAAACUUGCAGUGGUUGUGACAAAGACUGUGGAUGCAUGCAUUGCUGAUAAUCCUACUUUUGGGAUAGUACUCUCCAAGUACCACAUUGUUUCAAAACUUCUGGCAUUACUGCUUCAUGAAAGUCUGGAUUCAGGAGAAAAAUUUAGCAUCAUGCUUACUCUUGGUCAUUGCACAGAGGAUUGUGAGGAAAAUCAGUAUGACCUUUUUAAAAACAAUGGGCUUCCACUCAUGAUUCAAGCCUUAACUGAAUCGCAGAAUGAGGAACUGAACAAAGCUGCCACAUUUGUGCUUCACAACUGCAAAAAAAUUACUGAGAAAUUAUCUCUAAGUCUAGGAGAAUAUCCUUUUGAUGAAAAUGAAACACAGCAAUUAAAGGACAUAAGUGUGAAGGAGAAUAAUCUUGAAGAGCACUGGAGGAAAGCAAAGGAAAUUCUACACAGAAUAGAACAGCUUGAAAGAGAAGGAAAUGAGGAAGAAAUACAAAGAGAAAACUAUCAGGAUAAUAUUUCAUCUAUGAACAUAAGUAUUCAGAAUACAUGGAAACAUCUCCAUGCAGACCAGAUUGGUCGAGGUAGCAAAGCAGAAGAUGAGGAUAAAAGCCAUUCUAGACAGUUACAGAGUUAUAAGUCCCAUGGAGUCAUGUCUAAAGCAUGUACAAAUGAUGACCAAAUGAAGACACCGUUAAAGAGCGCAAAUCCAGUCCAUGCUUGUUACAGGGAGAGUGAGCAAAAUAAGACUUUAUAUAAAGCCAAGUCAAGCUGCAAUCAAAACUUACAUGAAGAAACUACUUUUGAAAAGAAUUUUGUUUCUCAAUCAAGUGACCAUGUUUUUAAACACCCAGUUCACAUUGCCAAAAAUAUAAAGCAGCAGUUACCAGUAACAGAUCCAUUUACAUUAUGUUCAGAUAUAAUAAAUAAAGAAGUAGUCAGUUUUCUAGCAACUCCCAGUUGUUCCAAAAUGUUGACGUAUAGGUGCUCAGGUUGCAUAGCAGUAGAAAAAUCCCUGAAUAGCCGAAACUUUAGCAAGCUCUUGCACUCUUGCCCAUACCAAUGUGAUCGUCACAAAGUCAUUGUGGAAGCUGAAGACAGAUAUAAAAGUGAACUAAGGAAAUCACUUAUCUGUAACAAAAAAAUUCUGCUGACCCCACGUAGAAGACAACGACUCAGUAAUGAAUCUACUACCCCUGGAGGAAUAAAAAAAAGAAGAAUUCGCAAAAACUUUACUGAAGAAGAAGUAAAUUACCUUUUCAAUGGAGUUAAGAAAAUGGGAAAUCACUGGAAUUCAAUUUUGUGGUCUUUCCCCUUUCAGCAAGGACGGAAGGCUGUGGACCUUGCUCACAAAUACCACAAGCUGACCAAACACCCCACGUGUGCAGCUUCUUGAUUGAAAGAAGACUGUCAGUUUUUAGUUUGGAUUCUUAAAAUACAGUGCCUUGAAAGAUACAUUUAAAGUAUUUUUCUAAACUCUCAUGAGAAGGAAUGUGGAAAUGAGGAUACAGUUUUCAUUAAACAGUUUUUGUGAUGCUGAAA